CCCGGGCCGGGCUCGCCGGCUUUGUCUGCAGCUCUCCCUGGGCUGCGCUGGCCGCGGGAAGGCAGCUGCGGGGCAGACGGGCGGGGUGUGCACGCAGCAUUGCGCGCUGCCAGCCGCCUCCCGCCCUGCCCCUCCUCCCGCCGCAGGUAGGCACCGCUCCCCCGGGAGCCGCCUGCGGAGCCCACCGUGCUGGUCCCGCCCUGGCUGCGCGGGAGCAGGAGCCGCGGCCGCCGCGGGGUUGAUUGAGAAGCAAGAGGCAUCAAAUCCAGCAAAUAUCAGUCAGCGAGAAUUAGGCUUGUUCCUAACAGAAAACAUGUCUGAAAUUGAUUUUGAGGAAUUAGCCGAAAUAGAAUUACAGAAAGAUGAGGCAGAACAUGCAAUAAUGGAAAAGCGAAAGACCUCCUUCACACCAGCAGCAUGUGAAGACACUGAACUAAGCAUUAAUCAUCCAUACUACGAUGUUGCAAGGCAUGGCAUUGUGCAGCUAGCAGGUGAUGACAAUUCUGGGAGAAGGGUGAUUACUUUCAGUUGCUGUCGUAUGCCCCCUUCCCAUCAGCUCAAUCACAGCAGACUACUAGAAUAUUUGAGGUAUACACUCGACCAGUAUGUGGAGAAUGAUUACACCCUUGUCUACUUUCACUUUGGCCUGAACAGUCGGAAUAAACCCUCUCUGAACUGGCUGCAAAGGGCUUACAAAGAAUUUGACAGGAAGUAUAAGAAAAAUCUUAAAGCACUCUAUGUUGUACAUCCAACCAACUUCAUAAAAAUUCUGUGGAACAUUUUUAAACCUCUCAUAAGUCAUAAGUUUGGGAAAAAGAUCACCUAUUUGAACUAUUUAAGUGACCUGAGAGAGCAUCUCAAAUAUGACCAGCUUAAUAUCCCUGAAGAUGUUAUUCGACAUGAUCAAAAUCUUCGGGAUAAACAGAAGGGGAGACCACCACCUUCAGCCAAGGUUCCUCCACCAAGACCUCCUCUUCCUACGCAGCAAUUUGGGGUCAGCCUACAAUAUCUCAAGGACAAAAAUAAAGGCCAACUAGUCCCACCAGUAAUGAAGCAAACUGUGUCCUACCUGAAAAGUAAAGGGCUCCGAGUAGAAGGCCUGUUCAGAAGGUCAGCCAGCAUACAAACUAUCAAAGAGGUUCAUAAACUCUAUAAUCAGGGGAAGCCAGUGAAUUUUGAUGACUAUGGAGAUAUCCAUAUUCCUGCUGUUAUCCUGAAGACCUUCCUCAGGGAACUCCCACAGCCUUUGCUAACCUUUGAAUCCUACGAUCAAAUCCUUGGAAUCACUGGUGUGGAAAGCAGUUUACGAGUGACGAGCUGUAAACAAGUAAUCCAAGGACUUCCUGAGCACAAUUAUGUUGUUCUGAAAUACUUGAUAUGCUUCCUUCAUAUGGUAUCCCAGGAGAGUAUUUAUAACAAAAUGACUGGAUCCAACCUGGCAUGUGUCUUUGGGUUGAAUUUAAUCUGGCCGCCUAAAGGAGCUUCUUCCCUGAGUGCUUUGAAUCCUCUAAAUCUCUUCACUGAAUUACUGAUAGAUUUCUACUCUAAGAUCUUCAGUUCACGAACAGUACCUGGUGAGAUCUUACCUUAAUGUUCACAAAAAGGGAAAAGGAAUAUGCCUACCUUAGCAAAAAUCUUCACAUAUAAACCUAUGAGAAUUCACUAUACACAGGAUUUUACAGAAACAAAUAUAUUUCAUAUACAGAGCAAAAUCCUUUUCUCUCUUUUGCAUCACCAUGAUUUUCCAGAUAUCAAAGAUGUUAGGGGAAAUAUGCUUACCAAUACUCUUUGUAUGUGGGUGUGUAUAUAUAAACAUUCACAAACCUUCAGGUCAAAGUGGCAUAAACUUUCCUCUUUUCAUAAUCUUUAGCAAUUGUUAAAUAUUUGUUAGUUUAAAAAUUCAUAACAGUAGAUAAGACUGUCAUUCAUUUAAGCAUCUGGAAGUUCCCUACUAUAUGGAUUUUUUUCUAGGGUGAUGCUAACUUCUGGACCAUCUGGAAAAAGUUUCUUUUGAAAUCUUCAAAUAUAUACAAAUUAUGGAUUAAUUUUUCAGAAUUUCAGGCACUCAUUCCCACACACACAAAAGUGUGUGCAUUUGUGUCUGCGUUUAUGUGCAAUUACCUUGAAAACCAAAGUAUUUGCCUGUGUCAGUUAGAUUAUGCAUACAUCUAUCUCUGUGCUUUUAAAUAUCUGGUAUGCCUGUCCAACCAUUGUAGUUGCACAUGCAAACUAAGUGGAAAAUUACACAAGCACUCCUGAGCUUUUAAAAAUUGAGUCAUUUGUGUUUUUAUCUUUAAAGAAUCUCUGUACCAGUAUAUAGUUAAUACAGAAUGUGAGAAAUCAUUGUUUGAAAAAUGCAUUGAAUGUUUUCAUUAUUUGUUGUAUGCUCUUGAAGUUUUUUGAGUUGUUAGAAAUCUGCUCCUAAAAUCAGUCUCUCUCUCACACACACACACAUAGAAAGAAAGAAAGAAAGAAAGA